AUGCCCGCCUCGUCUAGUGCUGGUCUUCGAAAGCGAUCCAACAAGCAAGAUACAGCAACACCUACAAAAGGCUCAGCGGAGAAGGCAGCAAAGUGGAAGCAACUACCAUCUCAAGCCAACAAGAGGUCGACGUGGCGAAUGCUCUCCUGGACCUGCUCGGCGGCUCUCUUCCUCCUGGCCUACCUCACCUACCAGAACAACGGAGAAUUGCCAAGAUAUCUGCUUGAGCGCACCUCGAUCCGACCGCAAUCAUCGUCUCGAUAUCAGCAUCAGCAUCCUUUAGAUCAAGAAAAGGCUCCAACAGACAGUCGGGGCAGUCAAGCAGAGACUCUCUUCCCUCGCACCAAACGAGCUCCUUCUCUUCCCUAUGCACUACCACCAACACGAGCGCUGCCCGAGCAUCCAGUUGACAAAGCCGACCUGAAGAGGCAAGCCGCCAUUCUGGAGGCAUUCAACCAUUCCUGGUCAGCAUACAAGCGCGAUGCAUGGGGCUACGACGAGUAUCAUCCCAUCAGCCAACACGGUUCUAAUCUCAAUGGCAAGCAUGGCCAAGGUAUCGGCUACACUAUCGUCGACGCGCUCGAUACACUCAUCCUUUUCGGCCUGAAGCAAGACUACGAGCAGGCCAGAGACUGGGUCAGAGAGGUGCUCGACUGGCAUGUUCCCGGACGAAUGAACGUGUUUGAGACCACCAUCAGAACGCUCGGCGGUUUGCUCUCAGCUGCCGCACUGAUCCGCGAUCCUCCUCAUGCCGCAUUUGAGGCCAACGAACAAGAUGCGGAGAUGUUCAUCGCUCGUGCAGUCGAGCUUGCUGAGCGUCUGAAGCCAGCUUUCGAUACACCCUCCGGUGUUCCGCUGCGUGAAGUGGACCUAGAGACAGGCCAAGCCUUUGCGGAUCUGAACAACAACAACUCGUCCAGUCUAGCAGAAGCAACGACAAUCCAACUCGAGUUCAAGUAUCUUGCACAUCUCACGCGCAAUCCCGAGUACUGGCGAAUCGCUGAACGACCGAUGCAAGUCGUACGGGAAGCCAGUGCUAGACUGCAACACCUCCAAGGAUUGCUGCCUAUCUUUUUGAACCCGAUCAACGGGCAUUUUUACAACGGAGAGAUUCGACUUGGUUCUCGUGGAGACUCGUACUACGAGUACUUGAUCAAGCAGUGGUUGCAGACAGGACGUUCCGAGAAGGUGUAUAGGGACAUGUACGAUAACGCACUGCGCGGUAUAAAGCGGCUUCUUACUAAGCCGUCGGUGCAUUCCAAACCUCCGCUUAUGUUUACUGUCGAGCUUGCACCGAGGAUGCGAGCUACGGACGGACGACCGUACAUGCAACUCGUACCUAAGCAGGACCACCUUGUGUGCUUCCUGGGUGGAGCCAUGAUGCUAGGCUCAACUUGCACAAAGGACAUCUUUGGCGAGACUACCAAACGGCCUCUCCCACCGAUCUCAGAUGUUAGCAGAGGCGACGAGACGGAUAAAGAAGACUGGAGACUCGGGCACGAACUGGUGCGAACAUGCAUGGACACCUACAGCAAAACCAAGACUGGACUCUCUCCCGAGAUUGCAUUCUUCAAGACUCGAUCCGAGGUCAACGCCACGGAGGCGCAGAGGAUCGCUGCGAACCGUGCACCUCUGCGGCGCAAUGUGGAUUGGUACAUCAAAAAGCCACCUGCUUCCUACUCGGGAAGGCCAAACCCGCUCAUCGAUGCACGAAACAUUCUGCGACCCGAGACGGUGGAAUCGCUCUUCAUCGCAUUCUCGCUCACCGGCGAUGAGAUCUAUCGGGAGUGGGGAUGGCAGAUCUUUCAAGCCUUCGAAAAGCAUUGCAAGGUCGAGAGCGGAGGAUACUCAAGUAUCGACGACGUCGAUGCAAAACAUCCGCAAAAGAUGGACAAGAUGGAAACGUUUUGGCUCAGCGAAACGCUUAAGUAUCUCUAUCUGCUGUUUUCCGAUCGCGAUGCUCUGCCAUUGAACAAGUGGGUGCUGAAUACUGAGGCACAUCCUCUGCCUGUUUUCAAGCCUCAUUUCCCAACAGGAUUCGAGUAA